ACGCAGUCUCAGUUAAAUUCUUCUGCACAGCUUAACUGCUCUUUGUGUGAAUUACCAGCUACAAAGUAGCUCUUUGUGAGAGACAUUGAUUAUGCAAAGGAUGGAGCACGGAGACAGAGGGAUGGGUGUCUCACAGCUACGCUAUGAGGACCAGGAAGAAGAUCAUCAGUCCAUCUACAUUGGCGUACCAGUUCCUCGAGGAUAUCGGCGCAAGCGGAGGCGAAGGCGUUCUAGUCAUGACAACAGCAAUACGGACAGAGACAGACGCUACAGCCAUCACAGACACCACGAGCCUGACCACUACAGAGACGUAGACGUGGAGGAAGGACUCAUGGAUUUGCAUGACCAGAGUCUCCAAGACAUAAACCGCACAAUGUCGCCAGCAGCUGAGCGGCUUCGCUACAUCCUGACUGAGGAUGAUGACAUGCCUACGCCCACACUCUUCACCGAAAUGGACACUCUACAGCGUGAAGGGGAUGAACUGGAGUGGAAGGAGUCUGCAAGGUGGGUGAAGUUUGAGGAGAAAGUAGAGGAGGGAGGUGAGAGGUGGAGCAAACCGCACGUGUCCACGUUGUCCUUGCACAGUCUGUUUGAGCUCAGGACGUGUCUUCAGACAGGAACAAUUCUUUUGGACCUGGACGGCUAUUCUUUGCCUCAAAUAGUUGAUGACAUAAUUGAGAGACAGAUAGAGGAAGGCAUGAUCCUGCCUGAGCUGCGAGAGAAGAUCAGUUUUGUUCUGCUGAGGAAACAUCGACACCAGACCAAGAAACCAAUCCAUCGCUCUCUAGCUGACAUUGGAAAGUCUAGUUCAACCACCUCUCGCCCAGUGGGGCCAAGAGGGGCACCUGGCCCGGUGCCGGUGGGCAACUAUAAUCGAUCCACAGAGGACCUCCAAAUGAAGCAGCAGUCUGGAACCUAUGGCCGCCUACGUCACGCUCAGAGUAGGAGUAUGAAUGACAUUGCAGAUACUCCCAGCACAGACCAGUUGAAAAACAAAUUCAUGAAGAAGAUCCCCAGGGAUGCAGAAGCCUCCAACGUGUUGGUGGGAGAAGUGGAUUUCCUCAACAAACCCUUUGUUGCCUUUGUUCGCCUGUCCCAAGCUACAACACUAGGAGGUCUGACUGAGGUGCCUGUGCCUACCAGAUUCCUGUUCAUUCUCUUGGGACCACAGGGAAAGGCCAAGUCAUAUAAUGAGAUAGGCCGAGCCAUAGCAACGCUGAUGGUCGAUGAUCUCUUCAGCGAUGUAGCUUACAAAGCCAGAGAUCGUGAGGACCUCAUUGCAGGCAUAGAUGAGUUUUUGGAUGAGGUGAUUGUGCUCCCACCCGGGGAAUGGGAUCCCAAAAUCCGUAUUGAGCCACCCAAGAAAGUUCCCUCGGCAGACAAAAGGAAGUCAGUGUUCUCCUUAAAUGAGUUGAGGCAGAUGAAUGGUACAGCAGGUGGAGGAGGAGGCCUGGUUGAGGAUGAAAUGCCAGCACAACAUGAACUGGGAGAGGAACUGGCCUUCACUGGACGCUUCUGUGGUGGAUUGUACCUGGACAUAAAGCGUAAAUUGCCAUGGCUGCCCAGUGAUUUCUACGAGGGUUUCCACAUUCAGUCCAUCUCUGCUGUGCUCUUCAUCUACUUGGGCUGCAUCACCAAUGCAAUUACCUUUGGUGGCCUUCUGGGAGAUGCCACAGACAAUUACCAGGGUGUAAUGGAAAGUUUCCUUGGUACAGCUCUGGCGGGCACUGUGUUCUGUCUGCUCGGGGGUCAGCCUCUCAUCAUUCUCAGCUCAACUGGACCCAUCCUCAUCUUUGAAAAGCUCCUGUUUGAAUUCAGCAAGAAUAACAACAUUGAUUACAUGGAGCUCCGCCUGUGGAUAGGUAUCCACUCGUGCUUGCAGUGUUUCAUCCUGGUGGCAACUGACGCCAGUUACAUUAUCAAGUACAUGACACGUUUCACUGAAGAGGGCUUCUCCAGUCUCAUUUCCUUCAUCUUCAUCUCUGAUGCGAUCAAGAAGAUGGUGGGCUCCUUCAAAUACUACCCUAUCAACACCAACUUCAAGCCGGACUACGUCACUGCUUACAAGUGCGAGUGCUUGGCCCCAGACCUGAUGGCUGCAAUGAUCUUCAAUGGUUUAGUUCCAAUGCCAGAUAACAGCUCUAGUGUCUCUGGGUUGAAUGUGACAGCUCUGGACUGGAGCCAGCUGAGUAAGAAGGAGUGUUUGAAGUACGGGGGCUCUUUGGUGGGGAAUUCCUGCAAGUAUGUCCCAGAUCUGGCACUUAUGUCCUUCAUCCUCUUCUUUGGAACAUACUCCAUGACGGUCACCCUGAAGAAGUUCAAGUUCAGUCGUUACUUUCCCACCAAGCUGAGGAAACUUAUCAGUGACUUUUCUAUCUUUAUGUCAAUCAUGACGUUUGUGGGCCUUGACAUGCUGAUGGGCCUCAAAACCCCCAAGUUAAUUGUACCAACAGAAUUCAAGCCUACUCGGCCAGAUCGUGGCUGGCUGGUUUUGCCGUUUGAAAAGAACCCCUGGUGGGUUUAUCUGGGCAGUUUUGUCCCUGCCCUCCUUGUCACCAUCCUCAUCUUCAUGGACCAGCAAAUCAGUGCUGUCAUUGUCAACCGCAAGGAAAACAAGCUGAAGAAAGGUUGCGGCUAUCAUUUGGAUCUAUUCUGGGUGGGUGUCCUGAUGGCCACUUGUUCCUUCUUGGGUCUGCCCUGGUAUGUAGCUGCCACCGUCAUCUCCAUCGCACACAUAGACUCUCUGAAGAUGGAAAGCGAAUCCAGUGCGCCCGGAGAGCAGCCACAGUUCCUCGGAGUCAGAGAACAACGAGUGACUGGCAUUCUAGUGUUUGUUCUCACUGGGGUCUCCAUCUUCCUUGCUCCAGUACUGAAGUUCAUCCCCAUGCCUGUGCUGUACGGUGUCUUCCUCUACAUGGGAGUAGCUUCCCUCAGCGGAAUUCAGUUCUGGGACAGGAUUAAAUUAUACAUGAUGCCAUCCAAGCAUCAACCUGACCUCUCCUACCUGCGCCAUGUUCCUCUGAGAAGGGUGCACCUGUUCACCUUGAUCCAGAUCAUAUGCCUGGCUGUACUCUGGAUACUCAAAUCUACAUUUUUAGCUAUCAUCUUUCCAGUUAUGAUCCUGGGUCUGAUGGUCAUCCGCAAAAUGCUGGACUUGGUCUUCUCCCAGCAUGACCUGGCUUGGGUGGAUGACCUUCUGCCAGAGAAAGAGAAGAAGAAAGAAGAUGACAAGAAGGGGGGAAAAGACAAGAAAAGGCCCAAAUUGGAAGCCAGUGAAGAGGCGGAUAAGUACAGCCCUUACUCCAACCAUUCACCAAGUUCAGAUUCAGAUUUGGAUCGCAGCAUUACCCUCCACCUGAAGAUCUCCUGCCCGUCAUCACCAGCCAUGCCAAUGGGGCGAGGGAUGGCCUGCCCUGUCCCACAGGUCAAGAUAGAGAUGGAGUCUGACGACGACUCAGACAUGGACCAACACCGGCCACGAGACAUGAGCAGCGAGACGACGUUAUGAAUUUUGGAUGCUUAAGCUGUGGUUCAGAGCCUCAGCUUGCCCACGGACAGUAGGAGGUGUCCCGGACACCUUCACAAAACCCUCUUUUGAACGAGUGGGUUUCUGAUAAUUCAACUUGUACUGCCAUAUUAAUAAAUAUAAGUUUCCAUGUAUUGUAUUACUUCCUUUGAUGUAUAAUGGUGCACUAUUACUGCAAUAUAAUCAUUGUUUGGUACUGUCAUGUCGGCCUCAUGUGCGUACAGCGUUAUGAUAACAGGCCAACUUGCCCCUCACAACUACAGAUGUAUUUAACUCGCGUAUAUAUUUACAUAAUAUUGUAAAGUUACCAAUUUAUUUUCAAUAGUUUUACUGUAUUAUUAUGGUGUGUUUUCAAAAGCUGUGGUGCAUCUCAAAUCACUCAGAACUAGCUCUCCUUUGACCAUGCCCCAAGCUCCUAAGUGGAACAUUCUCACAUUGGGACAUUUACCUGGAACAAAAAGAAACAACCAAACGACUUGAUGUUCUUAUUGUUUUAUUAAGCAAGUUAUCCAGUUCAGGUUUCGCUAAAACUGUAUGAGAAAUGAACAACUGUGAACAAGUGUGUCAAAAAUGUCCACCUGUCCACCUUAAAGAUUUAUAACAUUAAAAAUACUGUAUUCUAACAUGCACGUUUUCUUGUAUCUUUAAAUAUGUCAAACCCUUUAUGGGACAGUCCCACCUUACUACCAUGAAAACUGAUUAUAUCGAGUACAAUGGCCUAGAACAGUGGUUCUCAAGGUGC